AUGGCUUUCCUUCAUGGUGUUUUACAUAACAUUCAGCCUAAAUUAGGCCAGCAUAAAGACACUUUAGAUAGCGCACUUAACUCACUUAAAGUCACAAAUGAUAAUGGUAUUGCUAAAUACAGGGCGGCGAUAGCCGCGGUGGAGGGAUGUGUCAGGAGGUACAAUAAUGAAGUCGCCGCCUCAAAUUCUAAGGUAAGUCAACAAAUUAAUUUGUUGCAGGUUGCCGUCAAACGGUACGAGCAGAAGACUCUAGAUGUAGAAUUCUCAGAGACUGCAUUAAGUACGGCCGUGAAGGUGGAGCAAGCUGAGAAGUCUAUUAAUCUCAAGGUGCAAGAAUGUCAAGAGCACGCUAAAAAAUUCACUAAUGCACUUGACAUCACUAUAGAUAAAAAUGCACUUAACAACGCAAUUUCCGACCUAAAUGCUACAUUAAAAGAUAAGCUUGAGAGCGUGCGUAAGACGGUGGAGUAUGAGAGUGCGCGGUUGGGGAGGGUGAAGGGGCAAGAGCAUACCGAAAUGACGCAGGCGAUUAAGAAAAUUGAAGAAGUGAUGAGAGCUCUGAAAUCAGACGUUGAUUGUAAAAUUGACACACAGGUAAAACUGUUUGUGUCAAAGGUUAGGGAGCAAGUGGAGCCUAUAUUGGCGGAGCUUAAGAAAAUUAGUAAAAGUCUCCACGACUAUGUAGCUGAAUUGGGAAGAUGGAUUGACAGCGCAAAUUCCGCAGUUGACAAGGCGUUGGAGAUGGUGAAAAAGAUAUUAUAUGAAGUGAACGAGGAAGCUGUAACAAACAAUCCUGGUCGAAUGAAAGCGGCAAUAGAUCAGAUUGGUAUCAUGAUAAAUGAGCUUGUGACAGCUGGAAACACGGGUCUGGAUGAGGUUAGAAAAGAAGUUACUGAGGCGUUGAAGCAGGUUGUGUUGAUGAACGGGAAGAUUAUGGCGGAUUUGAAAGGUGUUAGAGACGGGAUUAUUCAGGGACUGUCGACGUAUUUUGAUACACUGAAGAGCGCAUUGGAGUCGGGAAUUAAGGAGGCUGGUAAGGACGCUUGGGAUUCUAAAAAGAAUGGUUUUACCGAACUUAAACAGAAAUUAGGUGACGAGUUGGGUCAUUUUGAAAAAGCGUUUGGCAGUGUGCCAGAGGAUGCCCAGAAAGCUGUUGCCUAUAGAAUACAUAAUGCUUUGCACUGGAUUAGUGAGGCGACCAAGAAGUUGAAUGGCGAAACUCCUGAUGCUAACAAAAUUCUCGAUCCCAUUCGAUCAGCCCUCAGCACCAAGAUUUCUGGGAUACUGGAUGAGCAGGUUGGGGAGGAGGAUGGAGGUGUAACUGUUACCCUUCCAAAAGGUCCAACACAGUUCCAGGGAUACAAAAGCUACGUUGACCAAACACAAAAAAAUCCGCCCGCCACGUCCGGCAACCCAGAACCCAUAGACGGUCUUCUUCCCAAGGCCAUCAAGAACAUCAGGACACAAGUGCAGAAUGCGCUGGAUGAUGUUGGCAAUAUUAAUAUUCACGUUGAAGAAAGGUUGAGAGAGGUUAAGGACAAUCUUAGUCUCUUAUGUCGUGCCGUUAAGAAUGCAGCCGAAACCGAUCCUAACAGUGCGCUGAAAAAGUUGAACGAGUUAAAGAACAAAUACUUUACACAACCUGGUAAGGAUGCGAACAGCAUUCAUAAAAUACACAGCAAUAUCACCAAUCUCCGAAACGAACUGGCUGAAAAGCCUAUUCAGAAGACCAACGAUCUGCUUGCGUACUUGACAAAAGCCCAAAAUCACUACAUCAAACAACUGCAGGAAGACGUCAGGAAGGACAUAAAACAAGCCACCGACAAACUCACCACCCACGCGCGCAGGCAGUACGCCGAGGCCCUCAAGUUCGCGCUCCGGCAGUUCGCCGCCAAGGUGACGGGGGAGCUCAGAGAGUUGCCGGGGGAGAUUGACAACGACAAACACAUCGGCCUGAAAGGGUUCAUGGAGGCCUUUUAUGGCCCUAACUCCGGCGACAAUAUUAACAAGCUUAAAGAUGGCAUCGAUCUCCGGACUGUCUGCCAUGGCCUCGAAAAAUUCCUCGGGCCCCUCAACACAUAUAUCAGCAGGGAAAUAGACCGCCUUAAGGAGGAGGAACACAAGAAAAAUCCUUCGCUUCAGAAACCUCAAGACCCGUAUAGCAAACAACUUAAUAAUGUAUACUCCAAACUUAGCACGCUAAUUGGUCACAUUCACAGUAAAAAUCACUACGACCACAACUUACCCACUAAGCUCGCUGAACUCACUGCCACACUCUCCGAGCUGAAACUAGACGGCUUCCCCAACCCGGUCACAGGAAUGCUGAGUGGCAUCUCCGGCGGCUGUGGAGAGUUGGUCAAAGUGCUUGGCAACGUGUACAUCUCCAGGUACGACGGCCAGAAGAUAGAGUGGGAGCAAGCCGAUACCAGCAAAAAAGCGUCAACUCCAGAUGGCUCUGCAACUAAAGCCCUAACCGAUGACGCCAACAGAUGCGCAAAGGUGUUUUUCACAUUGUUAUCCACGGUGUUCAAUGAACUGUACUAUCUGUUUCAUCACGGCGUUAAGCAUUGGAGCCAACUUAAAAUUGACGGAACUGGUACUGUAAAAGGCAGACAUGCAUUAAGAAUAUAUCUUAUUAAACAAGGAUUCGAGAUUGAGAAUCUCAACAAAACGCUGUCGACGCUGGGUGUGACAGGAAAAUUAUUUAACGGCUUCGACAAAUAUGGUGAAUUUAAUAAGCUGCCAACUGAGUUUGAAUCCAUUGAGCAAUGCACUGAUUACUUCAAACGCCAUGAAGGUCCUGUGGCAAAAUUAUUCGAACACCUGGAGACGUACAAUGAAGUGUGUCACUUCGCCACAUUCUCCUCCAAGAAACAUCCGUCAUCCAUCUACGAAAUGCUCGCAUGGUUCUCAGGCCUCCCGUACAGUUCCGUGUAUGACUCUUUGCUCCAUGACGUGUUGCCGUCGCUGCUCGAAGGCCCAAGUAAGAAGCCCGCAGACGACGAUGAGAUUGAAGUGACAGAUCUCGGCGAAGAAUCAUUUGACGCCUAUCCGCAACCAAUAACAUACAGUAGUUUAGCAACGUCUCUCAACGAUGUCUGCGCACAAUCCUAUGACGUAUUGACCGGUGUCCUCGGCCACGGUUACGCAGGCGGUGUAUAUGCCUGUGAUCAUUCCAACAACACCCUUAACCUAGCAUAUCCUAGCAGUGCCAAUGCCUGCUUAGGUAUGAUGGUAGAUAUAAUGAAUAGACUAUUCUACCAACUUUAUUUCCUGCUUACACAGUGUUCACACAAUACCGAUUACAGCGGUUGGUCAAACUGCUCGUACGGUCAGGGUGUCGGCAACUCUGGAUGGCAAUGCAACGACAACCAAUGUGCCAACCAAGAGUGUCCCCAAAAGGCUGACCAAAGUACUAGCCAAAAGUUUAGCAAUCACUUUGGCAAACUGUGCCUCACUCCCAUGGGUUUUGUAGAUAUUGGUAUUAAAGCGUCACACACGAAAGAAGGGGAGUAUCUCCAAAAGGUGCUUGAGAAGUUUUGUGGCAUUGAUCAUGCUCCCCUAACUAAGCUCUGCGGUCAACUGAAUUGUCUCUUGCCUACCGCUCCAAAGACACUAGGCGAUAUGUUUAGUUUCUACCACAAUUUCCUUAGUGACUGGAAUAGGAACACACCACAUAGGAAGGGUGCAUUUGAAGAGGCUAUUAGUAAGGCCAAUUUCAAACGUCCUUACGAAGGCUUGAACGCCCAUUCUAUAUUCGGCGGUAGUCACCCUCAUAAGCAGGCCAACGCCGAUCUUGUCAGUCUCGUUUGCUCUUCAGCUACAAGGGGUAAAUGUGGUCCCUAUCUACAUGCUCUAAAUACUGAUAUUAGCAGUAUGUAUUCUAAAGAACAUGGUGGCAAAUAUCUAUCGUGGAUAGUGUAUAGCACGGAAACUUUUUAUAAUUUACUGCAUCAGUUAUAUGAAGAGUGCAGUAGUAAGUGCGGUGGUGAAAAUCCAAAAUGCCGCAUUGCUAAAUGCCCCCCCAAAUGUACUGUUACCGAGAAAUCGGCAACGUCACCUCACGAUGCGUCCUGCGAUUCAAUUGCAAAGUGCUCGCAUACCCGUCCAAUACUGUACAAAUUCGGGUUUGUACAUGAGCACGUGGCAAAGCUGGCUGGUGAAACAACUAAACGUACGUGCAGAGACUUUUGCCACGUUUUGAAGAAAGUAAUCGGCGAAGGAUGUGCACUUGUAAAACUCAUCGAAGACAUCGAUAAAUAUAUAUGGGCUAUAAGAGAAGAAUUCUCCAUUACUCUGUUCACCCUCUGGUCGCUCUCGCUCCUGUACCUGCUGCACAUCGCCGUCGUCCGCCUCGACGUCCUGAGGAUACGCUCCCACCUGAGAUCACCCUCAAGCCACCGCAUCGCCGCACAGUCCCUCCUCGCCGCCGCACGCGUCAAGGCACUCGCCAACGUCAAGUACUUCUCACCAUAA